AUGGUCGAAGUACAAAAGAUGAUUUUAAACCAUUCACUUGAUCAUCACCUAGCUGUUGAUACAUUAUCAGAUAUCUCACUAGGUAGCGCACAAACCAAAGCGACGGAUUCGAGUGGUUACGGUUCAAAUUUAAGUAGACAUGGGCAUAGUCGAACGUGUUUGAUUGUAAAUUAUCUUCCGCAAUCGGUGAAAGAACAACAGUUUCGUCAGAUGUUUGCACAGAUUGGUCGAUUACGUUAUUGUCGUUUGAUGUUUGAUCGUGCAACUGGAUAUUCUUAUGGAUAUGGCUUUGUUGACUAUUAUCGUGCCGAAGAUGCAGCAAAAGCUAUUGACACGCUCAAUCAGCUGAAAAUGGAACACAAAACGAUAAAAGUUUCAUAUGCAAGGCCAAAAUGUGAUGAAACUCGCGGAACAAAUCUUUACAUACGAAAUCUACCUGAAAAAUUUGAUGAAACGAAGCUGAUUGAGCUAUUUGUACCGUUCGGUGAAAUAAUUCAAGCACGUGUGAUUCGAGAUCAAUCAACAGAAAGUCCGCGUGGUAUCGCAUUUGUUAUUAUGGGUACUCGUUCACAGGCACAACGUGCAGUUGAUUGUUUAAAUGGUCAAAUUCUCGAUCAUCAACGUCCAUUGCUCGUGAAAUUUGCUGAUGAUGAUAAACGUCGACGUCAACUAAUGGCACGUUAUCUGCCACAGAUUGAAAAUACGAUUUCAUCCGUGUCAACGGCUCCGAUUCUUCAAGAUCCAUCUGAUGUUCUUUCAGCACAAAUGGCUCAAUUGAAUUUGAUUGCCAAUGGAACCAAUACGACUGAUCAUCAACAACAAGGACAAGAUAUGAACUUUUUGAUGAACACGUUGUUGAUGAUGCCGUUUUGGUCGAAUAUGUGUGCUUCAACAAUACCAGUCCUGUAUCCGAACAAUGCAGCAACCUCAUCAAAUAAAACUGGCGAGCGAAUACUCGAUACAUUAGCGACAACAAAUGGAGCAUCAAAUUCAUCGUUAACUUCGAAUGAAUCAUUGAAUAAUGGUUUACCACAACAAUCAAGUGUUGAAUCAGCUGAUUCUUCGUCAGUUCCAUCGAAUGUUAUCGAUGUAUCAACCGGCGGUUUCGUUGUUUUCGUCUAUGGAAUUGGACCAGAGACUACUCAAGAAGAGUUGCUCAAUAUCUUUCAAGGCUUUGGGCCUAUUCUACGCACAGAUAUAAUAAAAAACAAACGAACAACAAUCGGUAAAGGCUAUGGUUUUGUCGUCUUCCGACAUAUGAAUGAUGCACUAGCAUCAAUCAAAGCAUUACAUAAUAUACCGUAUAAGGGUCGUUUCCUGCAAGUACGAUUUCGUGUAUGA